ACCUGCCUCGGCCGGCUCGGGAAUUGCUCCCGCUACCAAGGCGUCGGGAAGAGCAGCUUUCUGGGCCAAUAACCCUCUUCUCCCCCCGCCUCCUCCUGGUCUCCUCUCCGGCGAAGCCAGCUCGCAGCUGCGGCUCCCCGGCAGCCCAUCAUGAAGGAGGCGACGAGAAAGAGCCCAGGAAACAGCCGCUACUUCUGGCCUUUCGCGCCUUCCUUGUGGCCCGGGGCGGGGCGGGCGCUGGGGGCCGAGGCCGGGAGGAACGGAGCCUAGAGAUCCAGGGUUUUAUCCUGCGCCUCCUCCGGCUUUGUUUAAAUUGGAGCUGGGAGAGGUUUUGUUUUUCCCCCCCCUCCCCCCCCGAUUAGAUCCCGUGCACAGGGUGUGCACCCGCUCACAUCUCAGCUGAAAGCCAUCAGGGAGGGAGGGAGGCGGCGGCGGCUCGGGUGGGAGCUGUUCAUCCCCCUCGCCCGUCCCUCCUGCACACUUAGAGCUUUGUACCUUUGCGCAUUUGUUAUUUAAUAAACUGGUGAGCUCAUUAUGUUUUUCUUUCUUCUCCGCUUGAUGAGUCCCAGGAGAAGAAUGGUAACGCGAACAGCAUCAGAGUGUGAACGUAUUGUCCGGGCGGGAGAGAGACCGAGACCGAGACCGAGCGGUGGUGAAUGCACUUUGCGAUACGCUAACAGUGCCUAGGAGGGGGGAGGGUCAGUCUCAGACUAGUUGGUAUUUUGCUGGUAAUGAUGUCAGCUGUCUCCUUCAAGGGCUCUUUCCCUCUGUCAGGAAGUGCAGUUGAGACUUGAGGGCGAGGAGGGGAAACCGAGGCCGUCUCUGGAGGGGGGUGUGUUUGGAUCAAGGAGUUCAGAGCUCGCCUUUCAAACUGGAGUUCCUGUUCCCUCCUUCGGUCCCAGCUGGAGCUGCACCUUGUAGCUCUGGAUUUCUUUCGUGGUGGGAAGCAGCUGUUCUGAUGCGGGAGAUGGUCGCCUCCUGCUAGAGGCAGAGGUUACAAACCCCCUGGGAACUGUGCGGAUGGUGGUGACUCGAGGCUUGUAACAAAAGUUUCUUCUAAUCGACUCCCAGUUUCGGGGUGACGCGGAGAGACAGAGGGAAAAGGAAACCGGCCCGAGUGCAAGGAAUAGCUCCUCUUCUUCUAUAUAUGCUGCCAUUUGCCAUGAAGAGAAAACAAAAGAGAUUUUUGCAAAUGACGUUGUUGUUCAUGGUGGCUUUAAUUUUCCUGCCUAAUAUUGGCCUGUGGUCUUUGUACAAGGAUAAGCACCUGGUGAAAUCCCCCGAGCCAGGAGAGCAGCAGACAUUUCCGCUGGGCCUGGGAGAUGGACACCUCUAUACCUGGACAGACGGCUUGAAAAGAAAGGACUGGCAUAACUAUGAAAGUAUUCAGAAAGAUGCUAUGCGUACAGGGAAAGGUGAGCAUGGAAAGCCGUAUCCUCUAACAGAAGAAGACCGUGAUGAUUCUGCUUAUAGGGAGAAUGGCUUCAACAUACUUGUUAGUAACAGCAUAGCCCUGGAACGAUCACUACCAGACAUUCGACAUCCAAACUGUAAGCACAAGGUAUACUUGGAAAAGCUGCCAAAUACUAGCAUAAUUAUCCCAUUUCAUAACGAAGGAUGGACUUCACUCUUGCGAACCAUAUACAGCAUUAUCAACCGGACUCCAGACGUCCUUAUAGCUGAAAUCAUUCUUGUGGAUGACUUCAGUGACAGAGAACACUUGAAAGAGAAGUUGGAGGAAUACAUGGCCCGUUUUGCCAAAGUGAGGAUUGUGCGCACCAAGAAACGAGAAGGGCUGAUUCGGACCAGAUUGCUGGGAGCCUCGAUGGCUAAAGGAGAAGUCUUGACGUUCCUGGACUCCCAUUGUGAAGUCAACGUGAAUUGGCUACCUCCAUUGCUUAACCAGAUUGCACUAAACCACAAAACCAUUGUGUGUCCCAUGAUUGAUGUCAUUGACCACAAUCACUUUGGCUAUGAGGCACAGGCGGGGGAUGCCAUGCGAGGAGCCUUCGACUGGGAAAUGUACUACAAAAGAAUACCGAUUCCUCCAGAGCUCCAGAGAUCUGAUCCCAGUGACCCCUUUGAGUCUCCUGUUAUGGCUGGAGGUCUGUUUGCUGUGGACCGAAAGUGGUUUUGGGAGCUGGGUGGCUAUGAUCCAGGCUUAGAAAUAUGGGGAGGAGAGCAGUAUGAAAUCUCCUUUAAGGUUUGGAUGUGUGGAGGUGGCAUGUUUGAUGUUCCAUGUUCUAGAGUUGGACACAUUUACAGGAAGUACGUCCCUUAUAAAGUUCCAUCUGGAACCAGCCUGGCACGAAACCUGAAGCGUGUGGUGGAGACAUGGAUGGAUGAGUUUGCAGAGUACGUUUACCAGCGGCGGCCCGAGUACAGGCAUCUCUCAACAGGCGAUAUCUCAGCCCAGAAGGAGCUACGCAAGCACCUUAAGUGCAAGGACUUCAAGUGGUUCAUGGCUGCAGUGGCAUGGGAUGUCCCUAAAUAUUAUCCUCCUGUGGAGCCCCCACCUGCUGCCUGGGGGGAGAUUCGAAAUGUGGCAGCCAAUCUCUGUGUGGACAGUAAACAUGGGGCCACAGGGACAGAGCUUAGGCUAGACGUGUGUGUGAAGGACGGCUCAGAACGGACGUGGUCACAUGAACAGCUCUUUACCUUUGGUUGGAGAGAAGACAUCCGCCCCGGGGAACCUCUUCACACCAGGAAAUUCUGCUUCGAUUCCGUUUCGCACAGUAGCCCUGUCACACUGUAUGACUGUCAUGGCAUGAAGGGUAACCAGCACUGGAGCUAUAGAAAGGACAAAACUUUGUUCCAUCCAGUAAGCAACAGCUGCAUAGAUUGCAACCCAGCUGAGAAGAAGAUUUUCAUGAACAGAUGUGAUCCUUUAUCUGAAACUCAGCAGUGGAUUUUUGAACAUAUUAAUAUGACUGUUUUAGAAAAAAUUUAACAGCAAGGCCAGUUCCUAGGGAAAAAUACAGAUUACAUACAGAUUGCAAACUACAUUUUGGCCAGCAUCUGGGUCGAAGGAGUCAGGAAUCUAAAUUUCCUAGAUCCAGGAAGUCUUUUCUGAGGAUUAAGCAAAUGCCACGGCAAAGGCCAAUGGGCUGUCAUUGUGGAUGUACAGUAUCUGAAGAACUUGGCUGAGAGCCUCACCAGAUGCUGCUGAGAACUUCAGGCUGACAAUUCCCUUGCUGGCCAAGGGAAAACAUUAUUUAAAAAAACUUUUCAAAACAUUCUGAGUUAAUAAAUUGAAACAAAAUUCUAGAGUUUCUCAGGUCAAAUCCUGCUGUAGUGAGUAGUUAUGAAUGGACGCUAUUAGUUGGGGUGGGUAUAUGGUGUGCAUGACUGCUUUGGGAACCUGCAGAAAUCACAGGUUAAGAACUAACCUACACUGGUGGAAUGUUAACAGUUUCCCAGCACUCCAGACAAACUAUAUGAUCUGGUGCCAUUCUCUUAAUAAAGGUUAGGUUAAGCGGGAUUAACCCUCAGAUGAUGAUUUUAAACACUUCCCCAUUACAUUCCUUUCAUUACCAAAAUAGGAAUGGUAGGAAAUAUAAGGGUUUAGAAUUGUGUUGUAAUGAAGCAUGAAAUAGACUUCUAAGGUUUCAAAAGUCCCAUUUCUCCUCAGCAUUUGAAAAAAAAUAAGUCCAUCCAAGUAAUUAAAUCAGAUUUCCAUAUAUGAUAUAACCUACCUAACACUCAUCAACUGUGAUUCAAAUCUAGCCUUCAUCUAAAUUAAAGGCCAAAAGAUUAACAAGGCUACCAAAUCUUUAAGUCAUUCAAUAGCAGGUAUAUGCACCAAUAAUCGCAGCACAAUGCAAGGUUUGCAGAAAGGAUUUCCCCUGGAAAUCUAUAUUUACUUUUCCAGUAUUUUUAUUAAAACUAAAAUUGCUUUAAAUCAAAGAAAAAUAUUCAGAGACAUAAGAGGCAUCAGGAGUGACAGGCUAAUUGUUUAUUGUAAGUCACAGAAACUUAUAGCCAAAUAAGCAUUGGUACACUGGCAUCAGUUAACAAGUGUUGGCUCCCUACACUGCAGCUUACAGGAUCCUGCAGGAAUUAUAGGAGUUUUAGGGAGAGGGGGUGUUUUUGUUUUUUGCAAGGAGGUGGGGAGUCCUGUAAAACUAGUUAACUCUUUUGCAAGAACGUAAUGAAAUCAUUUUAAAAACCAUGACUGAGCCACAGUUUUCAGCUAAGGCAUUGUAAAUUUCUGGAUGGGAGAGUUAGGAAAUGAAAACAAGUAUAAAAAUCAAAAAAAGUUCAAUAUUUUCACCUUUUAGUAGCAUAAACAAAACUAUUCAACCCACCACAGAAUUUUCUUUCACUGAUUAUCGUUUUGGCAUAUAGUGCCCAUCAGCUCUUACAUAUUUUUGGCAUGGUCAGGGGAGAGUUAGUGGGUUAAAAAUGUGUUUAGAGAGGCCUGUUCUUCUUCCUCAGUGGAAAUCAAUGAGUACCAAUGUGGGCCAUAGUAGAGAGUUUCUGGAAUUUCUAAAAUUAAGAGCACAUUUAAAUGGCCUGAAACCAGGUUUACUUGAAACCUGAACCAACAGAUGAAAGCACCGUGAAUGCAGACAUUAAAGCUUACAAGAGAUGGCUGUAAUAGCACUUGUCACUUUCAAAAAGAUGUAUGUAAUUAAUCUGAAAACUUUUUCUUAUGUUGCUAGAAAUGUGGCCAGCUAACCAAAAUAUUUGUAUUUAAACUGUCCAGCCUGACAGUAGAAGGUGAUUUUGUUUUGUUUAUUGCUCUUUCAGCUGUAUCUGUGAAGAGCAAUGGUUGUACCUGGAUGAUGACUGUUAUCCACACUUGUGCGCUGUUUGUGGCUACGGGUUCCAAACCUUAGGUCACAGGGACAUUUUAGGAGGAGCAUGUCAGAUCUAGAGUCUUCAGGAUGCAUAUCCUGAAAAUUGUAUGAAAUACAACAGUAUGUUGGAGAAUUGCAGCAAGUGAGUAAAGAUCUAUUGCAAAUGUUGAAGGAGCAAUCUGUCUGUAUAGUUACAUAUUCCCAUUAAGUCUUUAAAUAUGUUACUGUUCAGACUUAAUUUGAAGACUCACCACACUGCAGCAUGGAAGACAAAACCCCAGAUUUUAACCUUAGGGUCUCUUACACUUGAGCCCAGGAGAGGUUGAUGAUGAUCUGAGUUUUCAUCGGAAAGGGUUUGACUUUUUUUUUUAAAUAUAGCUACCAGUAGUUAGACCCCACCGAGUCAUUACAGACUGUCAGCCCUCUCAGCUGCAGGACUCAUAGCACAAUUCAUUUGCAUCUUGAGCGUGAGGAAACGGGAUUUGAAAAUAGAAGAAAAAAUUAUGUCUGGAGUGUGAAGGUGAAAAUGAAAUUCCCAGGAUAUCUAUUUGGACUUUCCCAAAACCCUCAAAGCCAUGGUAUCAAUAGUGUAUGUCUGAGGUGGAAGGGGCAAAGGAGAACUGCUCUAAAUGCUCCAGCAUACCUGGCUAAACAAUGCAUUGCACGGCUUAUAGCAUUUAGUGUAUGAAUGUAUCCUAAUCAUCUGAUGUUUAAAAUAUUUAAAGGGCACUAGACUGAUGUUUUGGCAAAGAUAUUCUAUGCCUCUUCCAGAUGCUCAAUAUUGUUCUGGCUCUAAACUAACCUCUGCCACAGGAAAACUUCCCAUUAUUUUCAAUUAGACAAUAUUUGGGAAAUCUGACAGUUUUUCUAAAAUCCAUCUUAUCAAUGAACAAACUUCCACAUAAUUGAAAUUAAGAUCUUUUAUCAAAACAUAACGUCAUGUCAAUCACUCUGACAGAUUAAAGAGCUGCUGAUUCCCCCUGGAAACAUUUGAAAAUAAUUCUGUUUAGAAAUAGCUGUGCUGACAUGAACAAACUUCCACAUAAUUGAAAUUAAGAUCUUUUAACAAAACAUAAUGGUGCUCCAGACAAUGUUUUCAGUUUCUAUAAGAGGGUCAGUGCAAUUUCACAUAGAGAAAUUAUCAGGGAGCCCAUGGUAUAUGGUGUGACUUGAACAAGACACCCUAAAUGGGAAAGGAAAAAAAAGUGCUUAAAUCAAUGACCAGAUUUCAGGCACAUGGUCCUAAGGGACAAAACUUCUACCACAUUUCCCCACCACAUACAAGUGAAAGUUGAAAGCCAGAUUUGUUUCCUCUUUCUAUUCCCUUUGCAUAACCAGAACCAGCGCAAAGGGGCCAGAAACUGGCUCCAUCCUCCCCACUGAAGAUUCCUUUGGUACUGGGGAAUUCUAAAAGAUCUAGAGUUAACAUAGCUGGCUCCUCUCUCACCCCCACACCCUCUGUGGUGGAAGAGGGAGGAACAUGUUGAAGCCAGGAAGGACUGGGAAGGAGGAAUGGCUGGAGCAUGCUUUCCACCAGCUGGUCAUAGCACAGAAUCAGGCAACCAUACCCAGCUCCCCAACACCAUUACUGGCUACUGCUAUGCUGAGCAAAACUCUGGUGCAGCAGGGAAAAAAGGGUCUAAGAGUGUAGGAGACUUACAGCUAGUUCCACAGUUAAGUUAAGAUUCAUUCAAAAAGUGUAGCUCAGAUAUACUUCAGACAAUCUCAUUUGUGAUAACAGGUCUUCAGAAUGGGUCAUGGCUGCCAAAACAAUGGCUCCUUCACCAAAAAGCUUAAGUUAGUCAUAAAUUGUCAUCUGCAGCUGAGAGAUUUUGAGGCAUGAAGUUAAACUGAGAGUCAAAUCCUGCCUUGAAUACUUAGAAAAGCCUCCCAUGGAUCACAAUAGAGUUCCAUAGUGAUUUUAUGUAUAGAAAUUCUACAAGUCUUCUCACAGCCAUAUCCCCUUCACCACCACCCCCCCCAAAAUCUGCACAGCUCAAAGGGCAGAAUGAAAAAUAAAUUCUGCCUCCUUUAUUGCAUGCAAGAGAACCUACUGAAUUGUUCAGUGUCAGCAUGCAUCUCUCCAAAAUGGCUGACUUGGGUCCUUUGAGAACUCCCACUAAACAUGUAAUUAAUUUUUUUCUAAAAAAUCACAUCAAAUGUUGUAUUUCUCCAUAUCUUAUAAAACAACUCUUUAAAAGCACCAUUUAGAGUUAGUUCUACAUAUAAUGAAUUUCAAUGGAGCUAUGCCAGUUUACACCAACUGAUGAACUGUCCCUAUAUUUUCUGUUCCUAAAAACAUAGGCUUUUUGGGAGGAGAGAUUCUAUUUACAUGGUCAUGAAAAUAAAAUCUUUAUUUUAUAAGAGUUCGUCAGCUCCUGCUAUUCAUUCUUCACUUUAAGGUUAUUAGAUCUAUUUGUGACAUCAAAUGUAAUUGUUGCAAAAAUUAUAAUGUAACAAAGGAUAGGACCUUAACUAGAGAAAGAGAAAUAAGCAACAGGUCCAUCUAAAACUCUUAAGAAAGCAAGGUCUUGUUUUCAUGCAAAUAAGUCAUAAAAUAGCAAAAGUGGGGUGGGAGGCAAAAUAAAGUCAUGUCAGCACAGCUAUUUCUAAACAGAAUUAUUUUCAAAUGUUUCCAGGAGCAUCAGCAGCUCUUUAAUCUGUCAGAGUGAUUGACAUGUCAGAGAAGUAAUCUUGCUGAAAAAGUCCUGACAUUGUGACAAGAUUUCACUUCUUAUUAGUCUUGAUCUGAUUUCAGAAAGGCCAGGUUGUUUUGAGACAAUACUUUCAGCAAUCCCAUUCUGAUACAAUGAGUAAGGGUGUUUAAUAGCAUAAUGUAAUGCAUAUUUCUGUAUCUGAAUAAGGUCAGUUUAUAGACAAAAUGCUCCUUAAAUAUUGAAAUAAAUGUUUAGUGUUCAGAACUGUUCAUCAUGAUAAAGAUAUCUCAGUUUAAAAGAAAAUGGGCAUGCAUUUCUUAACCCAGUAUGUGCUUACAUUCCAUUAACCUAAGUGAAAUUCUAGGGCCAUGGAAAACCAGUAGCAAAAGGUUCAAAUUAACUCAGUGAAAUGAAUUUAGUGGUCUCAGUCUUUUCACAAAGGAUAGGUGUUCCCAUCACAAUUGAUGCCAGUUUGCAUUCUUGUUGGCAGUCUCAGCAGAAGCUGAAGACUGAAUAAGAUGGAGACUUCAUUCCCCUUUCAUCUUAUCCAGUCAGAUCAGGGCAGUAUUAGGAGGUUUGCACAGCUGCUACCACCCAUGCUAUACCUCUGUCAUCCAGCAUUUUAUAUGAACAUACAAAAUCUGCAUUAAAUUAGAAAAUUAAAAAGAAAAAAUAUAUUUUAAUAAUCAGUCAAGGUGGCUAUAAAACCACUUCAAAGCCUUCAAACUGAAACUGAGGCAAUUUUGUGAUGGAUACUAGACAAUACAGCUCAUGUACUGCUUACAAAGUAGAGGCUGGCUAGGACUGGACUAGGAAACCUGACUUGCCUAGCUGGUCCACAAAUCUGUGCUGUAUCUGUUGGUUCAAAGAGCACAAGAACCCCAGAAUUGUUUUUGUACAUCAUUUUUGAGAGCUCAUCUUCUCUGAAACAAAGAAUGAGCUUCCAUAAAUGAUCUCACGGUAUAGGCCAAUGAGGAGUUGCAAUAUGGAGUUACAAUAAUAUUCAAGGUAGUGACAGUAGUGGCUGCUGGGUGGAGAUACAAGUUUAACAGGAAAAAUACCUGGCACCUCUGCACACAGCAGUCAAAGGUUCAUCAGAUUUCUUGUUCCCAAACAAAAGUCCUCACCUGGAAAAACUUUGAAUGAGUAAGUAAUAUGGCUACUUUAGUGGUUCUACCCUAUGCAGUAUUUUCUAAUUACAAGUUGUACUCUGGAUCUGAAUCAGAGUUUGGUACCUCUGUAGUUGAUGGCAUUAUUUUUAACCAACUCUGUCCUCCUUUUAACUGUCAUAGAGGAGUAUUUGUAACCUUAUCGUAUUACCUCUGUGAGUGUUCUGUCUGCACAAUACCCAAGAAAAUGAAUUAAGCAGGAAAAAGCAACUUUAUCAUUCAAAAUGUUAAACUGAAUACUAACUAACUUUUAGCUAGAGAUAAAUUGAAAACAUUUCAGGUGCUUCCCAAAGUUCAGUGUUGUUCAGAGGAAACUGUUGAAGGUGUAUAUUUUGGCACUACUUUCAUAUAGUAAGCUUACCAGGCAUCAAUAAUACCAGUACUAUCACCCAGUAAAGUGGAACUUUCAAAUAUUAUGUGGCAGCGCUCUGCAUACUGAUUGGCUGACAGUGUGAUUUUCAUAGAGAAAGUAUCUCCUUCCAUGGAUGGUACUUUAAGGAAGAGCUUUCUGCCAUGAUGGUUAGGUAUGCCAGAGACCUUUAGUGACAUCUGUCUAGCUAUCUUAGAUAUAUAUAUAUAUAUAUAUAUGUAUUAUUUUACACUGCCCAAUAGUGUACUUGGCAUCUCCCUGUGCAGAUAAGAAAACAGUUCUUGCCCCAAAGAGCUUACAAUCUAAUUUCAAACAGUGAUGGAAUGAAGACAAUAGGAUGGGGAUAGUGAAGAAAGCACGAGCUAAGCACUAGGACUGUGGGGUGAUUAGUAAUGGUAUGUGCAGAACACAGUGAAACAGGUUAUUUUUUCAAUUAUGUACAUAAAUAAAUGUGUUUAAUGAUUUACUACUUGUAGACAUCCUGGUAGAAGUGGAUCUUUGGGGGGAUAUGAAUGAGGAGAGGUAAAUGGUCUUGUGGACUGAGCCAAGGAUGUUCCAUGUGUUGCAAGUGACAUGGGAAAAGGGCACAGUGAUGGUUGUCAGAGAAGCAGAGACAAGACUGGAUAUUGAGGCUGGCAUUAUAGGUAGAAUGGAGGAGAUGUAAAGUGAGAUGUGAUGAGUCAAUGUUAGAUAAGUGAUGCCAGUAUCUAAGAGACAUUUGCAAUUGGAGGCAAAACUUGGUUCUCAGUAACUUCAGUCCUAUCCCUGAACCUUUUUUUAAAAAAUUUGAGCCCAUAACUCCCUGGCUUGAAAGAAUCACAGACAGACAAAUGUCCAUUCUGUCUGCUUCUGAGCCCUGGGCAUCCCCAUCUGAUUUGCGCAAUAUGAUAUUGGAUACAAUUUGCUUAGAAAUCCCAAAUGAAACUAAAACUAAAAUAAAACAAUGGUCUGGGCUACAAGAGAGAGUAGAGAUCUGCUAGGCCCAUGAUUCAUUCAGUAAAACUGAGGUUGCUAGCCUAGGGAAGUGAUUUACAGGAAUAAACCUAAAUUAGGAAGAUCAUGAGUCGCAAGCCUACAUACAGAAGCUGGAUGGUGAGGAGGUUAUGUCUUGCCAAUUUGUUGGAAAAGGAGGGAGGAAGCAGAUAGCUUGGAACAGGUAAGGACCAUGGAUCACAUAAGCUUUGUAUACUCCCUGGAUGUGAAGGGAGUAAAUUAAUGGAUUACGAGGCCAGAAAGGACCAUUGUGAUCAUCUAGUUUGACAUCCUGUAUAACACUGAUUAUAGAACUCUCCCCCCCACUCCACCCC